AUGAAUCCUCCUAGUUUCAUUGGUUCAAGCACUACUGAGGAUCCGGAAAACUUUGUGGAAGAGUUGAAGAAAGUGUUUGAGGUAAUGCAUGUGGUUGAUACUGAGAAGGUUGAAUUAGCCGCAUAUCAACUAAAGUGUGUGACUAGAACCUUGUUUGAUCAAUGGAUGGAUGGGAGAGUUGAGGGUACACCACAUCCAAGUUGGGCUUGUUUAGAAGAAGCCUUCUUAGGGAGAUGUCGUAAUGGCCAGACAGGUUGUUUCAAGUGUAGUAAAGAGGGUCACUUCAGGAGAGAGUUCCCCAAGAAUAAGCAAGGUGGUGGAAAUUUAGGAAAUAGAGCUCAUUCUUCAGCAGCUGCUCCACCAGACGGGGCUGCACCUAGGAGAGCUACUUCUGGUACUAGUAGAGGAACAAAUCGCUUGUAUUCUCUCAAUCAUCGCCAACAACAAGACAACUCUCCACAUGUUGUCACGGAUCACAUUGUUUCUGGUGAAGGGAUAAAAGUUGACAAUCAGAAGAUUGAAGCAGUUCAUAGUUUGCCUAGACACAUAUCUCCAACAGAUAUAAAGAGUUUCUUGGGUGUGGCAGGCUAUUAUUGGAGAUUUGUUGAAGUAUUCUCAUCUAUAUCAUAUCGUAUGACCAAGUUAACUUAG